AUGAGCAGUCAAAGAGUACCGAUAGAGCCGCAGCGUGUAGACGCUCCUCUCACACAGUCAGCUACCUUUCUAGUCAUAUCGGCGACUGAUAAACCCGGUGCAAUCGAAACCAUCCGCUCUGCACUGUCAGGUCUGAACAGCUUAGCAAAGAAUGUUUCUAUCCGGGACUUGAAUGCUCAGUUCGCCUGUACUGUCGGCAUAGGCAGCGAUAUCUGGGACCGCCUGACGAACCUCCCACGACCUUCAGAGCUGCGUCCUUUCUCCGAAAUCAGAGGCAAGACACAUACCGCGGUAUCCACACCGGGAGACCUACUUUUCCAUAUCCGAUCCGAACGUCGAGAUAUCUGCUUCGAAUUCGAGCGCCAGCUGAUGGAUCAGCUCGGAGACUCUAUUUCCGUCGUCGACGAGACAGUUGGGUUUCGGUAUUUCGACGUACGCGAUCUCCUUGGAUUCGUGGACGGCACAGCCAAUCCAGUUGGGCCCGCGGUGCCCGAAUCCGUACUCAUCGCAGAAGAAGAUACCUCUGCAUCUGGCGGUAGCUACAUAGUCGUGCAAAAGUAUACGCACGACCUACCAGGAUGGAAGAAUCUAUCAACAGAGGAACAAGAGAAGAUCAUCGGCCGCACAAAAAUAGACAAUGUUGAGCUGGAUGAUGCGGAAUCAGGACAACGCUCGCAUAAAACGCUGAAUACGAUUGAAGACGAGGAUGGAAAUGAGCAUGAUAUUUUGCGCGAUAAUAUGCCCUUUGGCUCGCCUGGAUCGGGCGAGUUUGGUACCUAUUUCAUUGGGUAUACUCGUCACCUCUGGGUUAUUGAGAAGAUGCUAGAGCGGAUGUUUGUCGGUGAUCCUCCUGGGCUGCAUGAUCGCAUACUUGACUUUUCAAAGCCACUCACGGGCACGACAUUUUAUGCACCCCCUGCUAGUUUGCUGGCUCAACUUUGA